AUGUCAUUUGUGAAUCAGGUUCUUAUCGUCGGUCUAGAUGGCAGCGGUCAGAGUACGCUCGUUAAGGAUCUCUUUGGUCGCGGACACCAUGAGUCACAUGACGGUUCUGUCCACAAGGCAAUUGGGUUGGUGACGAAGUAUUACAGUUCAGAAAUAGAUAUUUGGACAGAUGCUUAUGAGAAGGGCAGUUUCGACCAAUGGGCAAAUGAGUUCCUAUCUGAGGAGGCAAAACCAAUGAGGGAAAGUUUGAACGGUAUAAUAUUUACGUUCGAUUUUGAAGAGGAGCUGGGCGAAAUCGACCAGGUUAUAGGUCAUUUGGAGAGAAUCACUGAGUCGCUGGACGAACUCUCAGGAGAAGAAGACUACAACGGGUGGUCGGGAUUCAAAGCGGCAGUGGUAUCAGGAAUACCAGAACAGAGUGAAUUCGAGGGUUACGACGAUCUCGAAUACAGGUUCCAGCUUGCUGGGUUCGAGCUGGUGAACUAUGCUUGCAGUGCCAGAAACGAGUUUGGCGAAAAAGUUGGAAAGGAGAGGCUGAGAGAGAUAUUCGAGACAUGUGAAUGGACGCAAAUGGAAAGUGGAUCUAAAGAUGAUUCCGAGGAGGUUUCAGGUGAAGAUAUCGGUCAGAAACCAGAAGAUCUCGAUAAGGUCUUCCAAAUGGCCCUAGCUGCCAGGACUCAGGCUGCGCAAGUCACAAAUAAAGAAGAAAAGGAGAAGCUGGUUAAUGCCAAAUUGACAGAGAUAAUGAACAUAUUGUGA